AUGAAGGGGUUGAUUUUUUUUUAUUCUGAAUUUUCGUUGAUAUAUUUACGCCCUCCACCGCUGCUUUGUGCUGGAGGCAGUUAUUUACAGCAUUAUUGGCAUAUAUCUGGGAGUGUCAUUCUCAAACACUCCUCAGACCACCACAAGGAUAAUAUAUACUGCUACUUCUCGCCCAUCAGCCACCCGAGAAAGCAACUAACUCGUAGCACUCGAAAGAGCCAUAUUCCAUACCUCAAGGAGUACUCCAGUAUAUCGACAACACCUAAACCUAUCCUUCCUCUACAAGACAUGGAGCGCAACCCCAUUUCACUCGCCAUUCGCGGCGUCCAGGCCUUAUUCGGCAUCAUUGUCCUUGGUCUCACUGCAUAUAUUGCUUCCGAAGGGUCCUUGGAGUCCUCCAACUUCCUGCUCUUCUGCGGUCUAUGGACAGCUUUCAUCGUUGUUCCCUACAUGCUUCUCGCUCCUACAUACGCUCCCGUAGCCGCGCAUCCCUUCGCGAUAAUUGGCGUUGAUGGCGUAACCAUGAUUUUCUGGUUCGCAGGCUUCAUUGCUCUAGGCUCCAAACUUCCCCCUCCCAGAUUCUGCACCACUUUCAACGCGUGCCGUGUUCUCCAGGCCGCAACUGUUUUCGGCUCCUUCGAGUGGGUUCUGUUUGUCGCUACUCUUGCUCUCGCGGUUCUUCCCGUCGUUCGAAACCGUGGAACACCAAAGCCGAAUGAAAAUGUACCGCAGCCGAGUAUCUAGAAAGGAAAAAAGAGAACGAAUCAGAAUUCAACCCGAAGUUUAAGUUCCUCCCGCACCCAAUUUUCUGAAUAACUCAACUUUUUUUUUUUUUUUUUUGGAUGGCUAUGAAUAUCCAAACGUACAUAAUACUAUCUCCUACCUAAUGCGUCCAUUUACUUUAUCCAAUAACUUAACUUCGGUACCAUUUCUUUGCUCUUGCCCUUUUUUCUCCUAUGGC